AGACACAAUUUAAUUUCUUAGAAAUUAAAAUUCCUAUGUAAAAAUCAGGAAGCUGUAUCUUGGGAUUUGUUACGGUUUUGGAGGAUUCUGUACAGCUCUUAAGAAAAUGGUUUCAGCUCAGUGCAUGUACAUGUUAAAUGGCAGCAUGUUCUUGGAUGGUGGAAACACACAGCACAGUUAGGAGAGGGUAAAGUAGGUCAGAAGAGAUUCUCAGGUGAUGUCACAUCAGCUGGUGACUCCUGUCUGCAGGACAUCCUGUCUCCUGGUGGCCUUCACAUGCUGCCCGAGUGCUGCAGCCCAUCUCUGGAAAGGCGGUUAGUUCUGCUUAACAAAAUCCAGACAUUUGGCUUUCUGAGUGAGGUCUUGCUCACUUGCCUGUUUUCAGUGCAGCACCCGUCCAGUACUGAGCACGCUUGUGGGCUGGUAUGGGCUGGUAUCUGUUCACAUCUGACUGCCCCUGCAGUACAGUGUUCAAGUAGUAUGCUUUCAGUUUUGUUCCUCAGGACAUUAUUGCUUAUGUACUUAAUCACCAUGAAUUAUCUUUGACAUAAAAACAUAGAGGCCUAAGAAAUGUAGAGAAAAUUGAGAAAUACAAGCAUGGCUGCUUUUAUCUCUCUUCCUCUGUGCAAUGGGAUGGCCAACAUUCAAGGAGAAGUGAAGAAAUGCUGAUUUUAGUUUUGCUUGAUUUGACAAACAAUUCCUCUCUACACAAAUUAAGGCUUUAGCAGUGGAAACUCCUCUCUCCUGAUUGCUGUUAAUUGUAAGCUCACUGCUGCGUUUUCCGGUCCUGUAGGGAUUUGCUGGUACCAUUAACUCCCCUUUGGACCUUGGGUUCUCCAACCAAGCACCCAGUGCUCACAGUAAAGAAUUAAACAUAUUUGUGUUAAAAGGGCUUGUGCUGCAUGGGGCUGUUAGAAACAGAGCUCUCUAAGUGCCAGCAUGAAAGGGGGCCCAAGCAGCCGAGCUGGGUCUCCGCACAAGCCCAGCAUCAGAUGGAGGGCAGUGCAUGGGCCUUGGAGAUUAUUGGACAAUUUGCUGGCUUGCUCUCUGCAUCCCUAAAUAUAACCUUAAGGCAAACAUUUCUGAAUUGAUAUUAUUCCCUGUUUCAAGAUCCAUUAGCAGCGUGCCAAGGUUCAUAACUGUUACCAUCUGAAACAUUGGAAUGUUUUUUUUCACAGCUUAUUAGUUGAUGUUCGUGCUCUGAAAUCUAGAUGGAGUAUUGUUUUGCAUGAAGCAUGGUUACUUACUUUUCCAUUUCAGAUAAGAAAUGUGAGAUGAAUAAAAACUUUGUUCAGUGAAUAUUUCUGUAGCUUGAGGAGCCAUUUUUUUCCCUUUCUCUUUAAAAUCAAAUCCUUCUACUGGCAUAAGUCAAACUGAUCAUUAACUAUAUUUUGAAGAAUCUCCUGAUCUUAUAGGACAAGUUUCUUGAUCUGUAGAUGAAAGAAAACAAAGUCUAAAUGCAGUUGGCCGUGAAAAUGAAAAAUACACAUUCCUGAAUGGCAGGAGAUCACUAGUGAUGUUUUGAAAAUACUUUAAUGUUCUUAAUUGCAGGUUGGUUUUUUCCUACUUAGAAACUGUUAUUUUUAGGUGUAAGUAAUGCUAUCAUUGUAAAACAGUAACAGAUUGCAGUAGCUCCUCAUGGUGGAUAUGAUGAACAAAUGUGUAAUCUUGGUUGUUACUGCAUAGUAGCUGCUCACAAAUACGGCAUCCAGUUCCUUGGGAAGUUUUCAAGUACCUCUUCUGUCAGCUCAUUUCUAGCAUGAGGCACUGUGAUACUUCAGAGGAGAAUGAAAUGUGGUUCUUCCUCUUCCCUUUUGCCUGGUUCAUUUGUGCUUCAGUGGGAAAAAAAAUCCCUCACCUGUACUGGUUUGUGGAGUGAAAUAGCUGGGUAUGGUGUACAAAAGGGGAGCACUAAGCAUUCAGUAAUUGUGUUCCUUCAAGUCUACUUCAGGCAGUGGCAAAGAUUGAAUUACUGUCAUACUGUUUGUAUGGUAACAUUCAUGGUGAACUAAGAGUUAAAAUUUGAUGCAUAUCCUAUGAAGAACAAGCCACAGAACCUGUUCUGCCUAAGUGUCAGGCAAGAACUUUUGUCACUUUAAAAAAUAGGUCAUAUACUUCCUUCUCCUCCUAAGUAUAUGACUUAAAGAUUAUAUGACAUAGAGUACAUGACUUAGGAUAAAGGGAAUUUCAGAAGUGAUUCAUAAGGCAGUUCACUAGUUGAUGUCUAAAUAUAUACUGGGAUCUUCUCUGCUGAGAACUCUGAGUGGGACUGAAUGAAUGGGCAGCCUUGUGUGCAGGGAUUCAUUUGGAGAGUUCUUGAUCAGAGACCACUUUGGUUUUUUCUUGAUUUAUUUUUACCUCUGUCAUGAGAGUUUACUGAGGUACAUUUAUAAAUCCUAGACUGCUGUAAAUUUUGCAGUGUAAAAUUGUGUGAAUGCUCUAGAAGUCAUAAAAAAGACUUUUACAGUUUCCUAUUUGUUUUUUUCUCAGUUACCUUCAUUUGCCUUGAUCUGUUUACAAGUUCUUCCCCUCUCUUUUCCUGUUGGUGUUCUUGUAUUGCAAACUCGGCUGAAAACUGCAAGUCAAACAGGCUUUUCUGUUCUUCACCUUGUAAGAGCCCACUGAGGAUAUUUGCCCGAGUUCAGCUGGGAAGUUUGGCUUUGUGGGGUCUUGAAGGGUUUUCUGUGGUGUUUCCUUUGGCUUUGCAAUACCAGCAGCAUGAAGGCGAUUGCCUGGUUACAGUUUUGGAUGCAACACAGAUACAGAGGAUCUAAUCUUUAAGGUCACAUAUACAAUUGUGUACUGAUGCCAAAGGAAACCAUAGAAAUGGCUGUGUCGCCACUGUUACCCCGAUGAGAGGAAGAUGGGAAUGGGAAAGGGUUUGCAGCCCAAGGCCUUAGCUGGGACUCGAGGCAGUCGGGAACAGCUGGGGCUGCGUAUGUCUCUGCCGUGGGUGUCUGGCAUUGGCCCUGGCACCUCACCCCUGUGACUUGCACAUAUGCUCUCUGUUCUGCUGUCUGUUAACCUGGCUGCAAGUCAGCCUUGCCAGCCGAGGGCUUUGCCAGUGCUCUGAGCCUCAGUUUGCUCGGCAGCUCUGGCCCUGCUCAGACCAAACUCAACCCUGUGCUCUGCCGCUGGCUUCAGGCAGUGACAGAAACAUUCCUGGGUGCAGCUGAUGGUUUCACAACCACAGGCUGUACAUAGCCAGCUGGAGAAGCCAUCCAGUACUGCAAUUCUCUGCAAUACCUGUGGAAAACCAUGCAAAGGAGAAGUUUUGAGAGUUCAGAACAAAUAUUUCCAUAUUAAAUGCUUUGUUUGCAAAGCUUGUGGAUGUGACCUGGCUCAAGGAGGAUUUUUUGUGAGACAGGGAGACUACAUCUGUACUUUGGACUACCAGAGACUCUAUGGCACACGAUGCUUCAGUUGUGAUGAAUUCAUUGAGGGAGAAGUGGUCUCAGCACUGGGCAAAACCUACCACCCAGACUGUUUUGUGUGUGCUGUCUGCAGGUUGCCUUUCCCUGCGGGUGAUCGGGUAACUUUUAAUGGGAAGGAAUGCAUCUGCCAGAAAUGUUCCCUGCCCCCUUCCAGCAGCACUGGCUCCUUCCCUGUACAGAACCUGAGAAACUGUGGGGGCUGUGGUUCAGAAAUAAAAAAUGGUCAGUCCUUGGUCGCCUUGGACAAGCACUGGCAUUUGGGCUGUUUUAAGUGCAAUACAUGUGGCAAGCUACUGAAUGCAGAGUAUAUCAGCAAGGAUGGGGUUCCAUACUGCGAAACAGACUACCACGCCAAGUUUGGGAUCAGGUGUGACAACUGUGAAAAGUACAUCACUGGAAGAGUGCUCGAGGCAGGAGAAAAGCAUUAUCACCCAACCUGCGCACGAUGUGUCAGGUGCAAUCAGAUGUUUGCAGAAGGAGAAGAAAUGUAUCUUCAAGGAUCAUCCAUUUGGCAUCCAGUUUGUAGACAGGCUGCAAAGGCUGAAGAAAAAAACAAGGAAACUAGGACUUCCUCUGAGAGUAUUAUUUCUGUACCUGCUUCAAGUACAUCAGGUUCCCCAAGCCGUGUGAUCUAUGCAAAGCUUGGAGAUGAAAUUCUUGACUACAGGGACUUGGCUGCUCUUCCUAAAAAUAAAGCCAUCUAUAACAUUGACCGCCCAGAUAUGAUCUCCUAUUCUCCAUAUAUCAGUUACUCUUCAGAUGACAGGCAUAGUUACGGGGAGUCACCUCAGUUGCUCUCUCCAACACCUACUGAGGGUGACCAAGAUGACAGAUCUUUCAAGCAGUACAGGACAUCAAGUCCUAGCUCUGCUGGCUCCCUGGGCUAUGGUCGGUACACCCCCACCUCCCAUUCUCCUCAGCAUUACAGCAGACCAGCUGGUACUCACAGUCUUGGUACCAGUAGCUGCAUCUCCCUGCCCCAACACCCAAGCCUUACAUCUACAUUCAGACAUCAUUACAUCCCUUUCUUCAAAGGCAGUGAAAGUGGUCGGAGCACUCCAAGCUUAUCCAUGUACUCUGACAGCAAAUCUUCACCUUCUGUCUAUCAGCAGGCUCCUAGGCAUUUCCAUAUUCCAGACACUGGCGUAAAAGAUAACAUCUAUAGGAAACCUCCUAUCUACAAACAGCAUGCAGCAAGAAGAUCAGAAGGGGAAGAUGGAAGCUUGGAUCAGGACAGUAAAAAGCUGAAGAGCAGCUGGCUGAUCCUGAAAGGGGAUGUGGAGACCAGAACCAACUCCCCGGAUUCGGAGACGCGGUCGCUGUCGCUCACUGCCGGCAGCGACAGGGCGCAGGAGGGCACGGCCGCGCAGUACUGCCGAUUUCCAUAUUCUAAGUCUGCUUCUCUACCUGGCUAUGGAAAGAAUGGCUUACAUCAGCCUGAAACUAUGGGCCAAUAUGAAACGGACCAGGAUGCAAGCUGGGGGAUGAAAGAAUACAAGGUAAGAAGGGCUUUUCCAGCACUGGAAGAACAAUCAGAUUCAGCACUUCCUAGCAAGAUUUAUCCCUAUGAAACCCUUAUUGUAACAAACCGAGUUCGUGUGAAAUUGCCCAAGGAUGUGGACAGGACCAGGCUGGAGAGGCAUUUGUCCCCUGAAGAGUUCCAGGAAGUCUUCAAAAUGAGUAUUGAGGAAUUUGAUCGUCUGGCACUUUGGAAGCGGAAUGACCUGAAGAAAAAGGCCCUGCUUUUCUAAACCCUCCUGGAUAAAAUAUGUGCUUAAUCAAAACAAAAAUAGUCUUGCCAGAACUAUCACAUGCACUUGCUGUUGAACCAUUGUCCAGCUUCAUUGUGUUAGUAUGUGUCGGGGAAACAAGACAGAUUAGAUGGUAAUGUGUUGGGAUACAGAGAAUUUGCUAAUCUUGCAUUUCCAGCUGGUUUUGUCAGUAACUCCUGGUCCUACCCAGUUUACAAUGUGCAAAAAAAUCUAGCUUUAAAUUUAUUGUUGCUUGCAUUUGUUGCUUGAUGCAAAUGGAAAUUCUGAAAGGAAGAGAAAAAAGUGUAGCUGUACACAGGAAAUGCAUCCAACAUUUUGUUCCAUUCAGUUUUAUAAUGCAAUUUUUACAAAACCAAGUAAGUAAUUAUUAAAGAAAUUUUCCAGCGGGGGAUCAGAUGCUAUUAAAAAUAUGGUAAAAGCCAAAGAAAAGCAUAUCCGCAAGCAAUUAUUGCAAUUGUUUAUCGUGGUACUUUUUAAGAAUGAAAGCAGAAAUAUGGAAGCACCUUAAUUCUACUUCUUAUAUUUAAACACAGUGUACUCUUUAAAAAAUCGUAUUUGUCUAGAAGGUAACUAGCUAUCUUUAAUUACAACACCAGAGUUUUUAUUUUAUUAAGAAUAUAUUGUGACAUAAAACAGUUAUAAUUACUAAAAUGUAUACAGACUUACUAAGAUUUAGUUCCAUUCAUCAGGAAAACUGAAGCCUUAUACAAAACUGGUUGAAGAGUGUAUUGUGCCAGUUGACUGUGUUUUCCUAUUAGCUUGGGGUGUUUGAAGAAUGGUUUUUUUUACAUUUCAUGCUGAUAAAAUACCAUGUAAUCUUAAUUACUAUGUAGAUAGAGAUAUCUAUCUAUAAAAGAAUUAUUUUCAUUAAUAUAUGUCCUAAGUGAAGGCAUUCUUACUUUCUCAACUUUCCAGCUUGACACAGUAAGCCAUGAGACCCAUGAUGGCAUUUGGUAGAUGUGGAAAUGGAACAGUUCAGCAUAAAAUGUAACAAAAAAAAAGCUUGAUGUGCUCUAUCAAUAAUACAGACAAUUAGAAUCAAAUCCAUAAAACCCUCAUGCAUUACUAUUUGCAUGUUUCUGUACAAGUCAAUUUGAAAAAAAAACCAAACUAUGUGAUACUGGUGCAGUACCUUGAAACUAUCUUAAAUAACAAGCAAAGCUAACAAAAUCUAAGCAUUUGAUAUAAGUGUUAGACCUUAAUUUCUCUUCCAGCUGAAAGACUCUAUUAAAUUUAAUAGUUUCAUUUGGUCAGAGGUAUGGUUGCUGACAAAGAAUGUUUUAAAGUGAGUUGCUAGUUUUUUGUGAUACUAAAUGAGCAUUACAAAAAGUACAUUUUUCAGCCAUGUGUCAGUAUUCUGCAUUUUUACUGCCUUGGAUGUUUGUACUCACCUCCUAGUUCACUAUGUCUUUUCUCAUUUCCUUAAGGUAACUGGUUAAUAUAUGCACUACAACACACUAUUUCAACUGACCCAGCAUUGGAAAAAUCAUAGCAUUGAACAUGCCUUCUUCCAACUAACUUUCAGAGUCCAUGCUGUUGGAAAUAAAUAUUUUCUCAUUACCUAAAUGUUUUGUCUGAUGAUACAAAUGUUUAAAAAAAAUCAUUAAAACAAAGACAUAACUGAA